UCGAAUAAGCCCAGAUACCAGUCACCUUUUGGUAUACACCUCAAAAUUGUUUUGCGGAUCCCGGGCCUCGCCCACUGUCUUCUAGUCCGAGUGUGUCUACCAGAAUCUUCUCAGCCACCGGCUAAUCGUUUCUUCAGACCGGAUCGUAUUCGGCCCAUCAGUUCCACAGUUGACGGCACCACAGCCAGGCAGCAGGCAACCCCCGAGCGCGAAUCCCGAAUCGCGAGUCCGUUCAACAUUGUGGCUCUUGCGCCAGUCAGUCAGUCAGUCAGUCAGUCAGUCAGUCAGUCAGUCAGUCAGUCAGUCAGUCGGCCAGCUGCCGCCGCCGCUGCUGCUGCUGCUGCUUGGCUGUAUCCUGUUCGUCUGGGAUCGAUUGGACACGCAGCUCUUGAACGCACCGACUGCAAUGGGCAAACUGCUAGUUGCGCCGGAGAGAAUAGCCUUCAUGUCGGAGGUGAAGGCUCGAGUUGUGUAGAACGAGCCGUCUUGCCAGCCUUCAUUCACGUCGUGGGCAGUGGACUCGGAGGCCUACGGCGAGCGGGUUGCAUGGAUGAGGCGAGAAGCGAAGAGGUCUGUCGGCCGGCGGCCAAGCCGACGCUGCUGUCCGGCCUCGGCGACGACAGGCCUCCGACAACCGAGGCGGCCAAGGCGCUGCUGAAGGGCGAAGGCAACACGGAGGUGUUGAUCGAGGAGACGGGCAACUCGACGGGCCGGACUGGUCGCCGGGCCGUCGGUGAGCCGAAGCCGGGCAAGACGCAGUCGCCCUUGGUGAAGACGGCCUGGAUCCUCUGCGACCACUCGAAGGUGCGUCUGCAGAUUGCCCUGCGAGACUCACGCCACCAACAUCGACGCAGCAAGAGUCAACCGGCGCACAGUUACGCGGCUCGAUUUGUCGCUCCGCGACUCGGCUGCCAUCCGCUCCUUCUCGACGGCCUCCUCUGCCGGUGUCACAUGAUCUUUAUGCCGGCUGAGGAUGUCCGAUUCCUGGCAAUGAUGGCGGGUCUGUUUGAGGUCCGCUUCCGCGAGAUGACGACCGGCCAAUUUGUCACUUGGUGCUGGAAUUGGGGCUGGAAGAAUUCUGGUGAGUCGUUGUUACCGAACCGGGCUGCUGGGACAGUGGGAUUUGCGUCUUUCAGACCAACCGAUAGGCCACCGAGGCGUCGGGUCGCCGCGCUGUAG